AUGGAGUUGGCAGUGGAGUGGAACGACGAAGUGCGCGAAGGGGUUGUGAAGAGGCUAAAACUUUGGCAGCAACGCAGCAACAAACCCGUAACGGCACGCGUAGCGGAGCUGGUGGAGCACUUGAAUACUCUCGGCAUUGCGCUUCCUAGUCCGGAGCUGGGGGAACUCUUAGUCUCGGAGAUAUGCUUCCACAACAACCACCCUUGGGUGUGGAAGUUCACGCACCACGCCCUCUCAUCGCGCCUCCUCUUCCCCCUUCAAAUACUCUCUCUUCUGGCUUCCAACGUAAUUCCUCACCGCCACUCUCAUUCUCACUCAUUCGCUCUCUUCCUCCCUCUCCUCGCGCAGCACGCCUUCUCCUUUUACCCUACGCCUUCUCUCUCCUCCAACCUCAGGAUGGUGAGUUCGGUGGACUCCGUGCUUCGGUUUUCGGAAACGUAUAAGGUGCGCGAUCUGGAGCUAGGGCACGUGUUCGUGCUGUUCUUUUACGAGAUUGUGUUGGCGCUGCUCGAUUGCAUGCUGAUUGAUUGGGGCUUUCAAGUGACGUUUAGUGAGAAAUCGAGUUUGAUUGCUGCUGGUGAGGGGGAGGGUUGUAUGGACAUUGAUCGUAAUGUGACGCAGAGUUUUGAGAAGAGUGAAUACCGUGAACAGAUGAGGAAGCGGAAUUCAUUCACCGCCUUAGAGGUAUUGGAACGACUAACCGAAAGCAGAAAGGCUACUAUUUUGCUGCAGUCUGUUCUCUUGAACAUAGCCAAAGGCAAUCCAAUUGGCCAUGGCAAGACAGGAAUCAAGAUGGAAACUGCUGUCCGGCCUGAAAAAUUCAAUUGCCUCCAGCAGAGGCUGCAAUUUCUUGAAUCCCUUGAGUUGGCCUCAUCGGAGCUAAAAUUAGUAAACCAAGUCCUAACCAAAGUGUCUGCAAACAUUCGUGGAGUUUAUCAUUAUGAUUACUGCCCAAGUAAGCAUCGGUUGGUUGGGAUGCUUGUCAAUUUGGGAUCAUGUAAGACACCGUUGAGAUGCAACUACAGAUUUUGUCAGUCUCCUUGUUGGGUUCCUUUUGAUAUUUAUAUGGAGAAUGCUAUGGAUUCUAGACAAAUUCCUACCAAAUCAGCUAUUGAUGUGCUUACAGAAGGAAUCAAGACACUUCAAAUACUAAACCAGGCUACCUGGCAAGAAACUUUUCUAGCACUUUGGCUUUCGGCCCUUCGGCUUGUGCAGCGAGAACGUGAUCCUCCUGAAGGUCCUAUUCCCCAUCUUUUGGCUCGUCUAUGUGUACUUUUAUGUAUUGUCCCCUUGGCAAUUGCAAAUGUUCUACGGGAUGACUCUCAACAUAAUUCGUCUUCUAUUCAAGUGUCUGUGGAAUCAAAAUACACACAUGAAAUUGAAACUGAUGACUCUGUGAGACUUGGACUGAUUUCAUCUGUUCAGGUCCUUGGGCACUUUUCUGGUCUCCUGAGCCCUCCUACAUUAGUUAUUGAUGCAGCCAAUCAGGCAGCUAGGAAAGCAGCAAGCUUCAUUCAUAAUUCUAUGAAUGGAAAGGGUGAAUCUGGCACUGGAAUUCAUCCUAAUGCCAAUACAAAAGCAGGUGGGAACUUGAGGCAUCUCAUAGUGGAAGCGUGCAUUGCUAGGAAUUUAAUGGAUACAUCAGCAUACUUCUGGCCUGGUUAUGUCUCUACUUCUGUUUUGUCUUUGUCAGAUUCAUCAUCACUAGAAAAGUCUCCUUGGUCAACAUUUAUGGAAGGAGCACCACUAAACAGUACACUUAUAAAUUCUCUUACGAUGACCCCUGCCUCAAGCCUGGCGGAGAUAGAGAAGUUGUACUAUAUUGCAUUAAAUGGAUCAGAUGUGGAAAGGCCAGCAGCUGCAAAGAUUCUAUGUGGUGCAUCCCUCAGCCACGGAUGGUAUAUUCAGCCCAACCAACAGGGAGGUGAUGAUGGGUCAGUCAAGGAUUGUCCCCUUUGGCAGGAACAUGUGAUCCACCAUGUGGUCAAGCUUCUUACUUCUCCGAUACCUUCUAGUCACGGUGGAUCUCGGAGCCUUUUGGUUGAUAAUAUGCCCAUGCUAAGUGCUGUCCUUCGUGGAGCUUCUACUGUUGAUACUGUUCAUAUACUUUCUUUACAUGGUGUAGUCCCGACAGUUGCUGCUUCUUUAUUGCCACUUUGUGAGGCAUUUGGCUCAAUUAAACCGACUUCAAAUAGCACUGUCGAUGAGGCUUCAACAUCAACAUACAUGGCCUUUUCUUUAGCGUUUCUUUUCCUUAUUCGAUUAUGGAAAUUCUGUAGACCCCCACUUGACCUGUGCAUCACUGAAUUAGGCGUUGCAAUUGGAGGUUUGGAGUAUAUUUUGUCAUUGCACAAUAAUCAGGUUAUGCUUUCCCAAGAUAAGCUGAAAAGCAAUCCAAACCUCUCUGAGUCUGCAUCUGUUAAACCUGUAUAUAUUGAUUUGUUUCCAAAAUUGCGGGCCUUGUAUUGUCAAUACAAAUCAUGUGUGGCUUCAGCCCUUUCUGGCAUUUCUACAGGAAAUUCCAUUCAUCAAACUGCUAAUAUGAUUUUAAGGAUGAUAUACCAGAAGAUAACCAAGGUCGGAAUUUCUUCAAGUAAUUCUUCAUCGCCAACUAGCAGUAAUGCAUGUAGCUCUCUCAUAAAUCCAGGCGAAGAUUCUUUUCAAAGACCUAUGCUUCCUGCAUGGGAAGUACUGGAAGCUCUUCCUUUUGUCCUUGAAUCAAUUUUAACUGCUUGUGCUCAUGGAAGGAUUUCAUCACGAGAACUGACAACAGGUCUGAGAGACCUUGUUGAUUUUCUUCCAGCGUCACUUGCUGCCAUUAUUGAUUACUUUUCUUCAGAAGUUACUCGUGGUGUAUGGAAACUAGUUCCAAUGAAUGGAACAGAUUGGCCCAGUCCUGCAGCACUUCUUCAAUCAAUUGAAUUGGAAAUAAAAGCUAUAUUAACUCAUGUUGGCGUUGAGGUUCCUAACUGUUCCUCUGAUAUAGAGGUAACUUACACUAUCCUCAUGUUGGUUUGGUACUUGACCACCCCAAUUGUCUUGCAAAUCGUCAUGGGGCUACAGGGGUUUUUGCGAGGGGUGAAGGCCCUUGGGUUGGGAAGGGGCUAUGUUGUUGGGAGGCAAGAGGUGAAUGAGAGCAAAGUGCUUUCCAAACAUGGGUCAAAACACUUGGGUGUUGGGCUCAGGGAAAGGUGA